UGAGGAAAGAUGUUGGUUUACGUAGGCGUAAAAACAAAGGCAGGAAAAGGUUAAGAGAGUGCGAAGAAUCUGAUUUAUUUUCGAUACGAGAUAUAUCGGACAAAAUGGAGAAUAGUGAGAGCGGAGAUGACGGUGGCCCUUUAGGACCAACAGCGUUUCUGGGAGGAAACAGUGUCAACACGUCUUACAUCGGUGUUCAAUCGGACGAUAUGGAAGAUGACCCUGAGAACACAGAUGACUCUAACCACGGUACCGGGGAUCCGUUGCAGGGCACCGGUGGUACCGGUAGUAGCGCGCCCCUUCGAGAACAGGAUCGCUUUUUGCCGAUAGCGAACGUCGCGAAAAUCAUGAAACGGGCCAUCCCAGAGUCCGGCAAGAUAGCUAAAGAUGCACGAGAGUGUGUACAGGAGUGUGUGUCUGAGUUUAUAUCGUUUAUCACCUCGGAGGCGAGUGACAGGUGUCACAUGGAGAAGCGUAAGACUAUCAACGGUGAGGACAUUCUGUUCGCCAUGACCACCCUCGGCUUCGACAAUUACGUCGAGCCCCUCAAGAUGUAUCUACAAAAGUACCGUGAGGCAACGAAAGGAGACAACCCACCCAACACCACCGGCGCGAUCACUGGCAAUGGUAAAACCGAAGCGCAGACCACCAUAUACGACGACCCGAUAUUCACCAUAUCGACGGCCUCAGGCGCUGCCACAGCUGAUACCACUCCCGUAAUCUACAGUUACUCUUCCAACGAACAAAUGCAGUUUCAGCUUUCCUGAUCACUGCAAAUUAAAGUGAUAUCGUUAUAUAUUUGUUCUAAGACACACUGUGUGACGUGUGAGGACACGAGAACAACGACUUCGUACCGUUGCCGUACAAAACCGAUCUUGCGGAACAGAGAGACUGUCAGACGCGCGGCUUGGGGGUAGCGAAGUAUGUAAUUUAACUUCCGAAUGUGACGCACGUGGUCACAACAGAAUCACCGGGACUAAAGAAACUGGGAGAACCGAAACAGUAUCGCGCUGAAAUAACCUCUUGUAAGCAAGUUAGAACCUUGGACAGAGCAACUUAUGUAAGCAUGGACACAAAUAAAACUCGAGAGACCUUU